AGGUGCUGACCUCAUCAUCUUUCUUAGAUGAAAUUCCUUGCUGAUACGUCCACAUGGUACAAAUGUGAAACAUACAAAGUGCUCCUUGUUGCUUACCUUUUCAGCAGAUUUUAACUUCCACUCCACUCCUGAUGGCUUAUAAUAAUUCCUGGAUGCUUCUUUCAACUUGCUGUCUCUCUCCUGUCUAACCAAACUCUGUUACAAUGUAGGAUUCCUUUAAAUACGCCUUGUCACCCACUUGGAGAGGUGGUCCAUGGCAAUGGCAAGCCCAUAACUCUCUGUGGCAUCUGCUGUAUUAAUUCUGUCUGCUGUAGCACCCCCUUCAAAUCUUACAGUUCAUUAUGGAUCACUGGCUCAAAUCUAAAAGUUUAAAAUGUAAAUCCAGCAAUGUUAGGUUUCAAAGAGCGUAUCAUAAUGUCACACAGACUUGUUCUCCGGUGGGGUUGAGCACCAAGUGACGCCACCCAGACCUAUGAUAAAGCUCCAGCUGAAGGGUGGAGACCUGUGAGUAACGGCAAACAAAAAUAAGCUUAUGUGGAAGCUCAAGGCUUCGUCUACUGCAUUAGAGUAGGACUGUGAGAAGAAGUGUGGAACACAGAAAGUGACUGUUGACCAGUGCAAGUUUGACGGGGUCCUGUUGAGAGAAACAGUAAAUGGCAGAUUUUUCUCUAACAUAACAUGGAUGUGAAAGAGGAGACGUGUGAGGCUGACCUGAAUAUCAUGGAGGAGAGGACCAUAAAUGUUAAAGAGGAAGACUGUGAAUGGGAGAGUGACCACCCUAAACGGGAGACUCUGGACAUUAAGGAAGAGGACCGAGAACUGGGGUCAGUGAAUAUUAAAAGUGAGGUCGAAGAGGAGUGUGUCAACACUGAGAGUGUAAAGGAAGAUGACCUUCAUUAUGGAGAUCAAGAUGGAGCAGUGACCGGGUUAGUCUCUUCUCAAAGCAGACACUCUUCAUCUCCGGAGUCUUCUGUCAAUGUACAAUAUGAAUCAUUACAGUCUGACACAAAGACAACUGAAGAAAUUUCACCUCCUAAAACUCGGGAAUGUCAGUCACCACCUAAGACGUCAUCUAAAACAAAUAUCAAACUUCACUGCUGUUCUGAGUGUGGGAAACUCUUUCCUGACCUAAAUAAACUUCAGAGCCACCAAAGACUUCACACAGGGGAGAAACAGUAUUGCUGCCAUGAAUGUGGAAAACAAUUCUCUUACAGUAGUAAUCUUCAGAAACACAUUAAAAUGCACACAGGACAGAAGGCAUAUGGCUGCUCUGAAUGUGGCAAAAUGUUUUCAUGUAGAGACAAUCUUGAGUGCCACAAAAGAAUUCACAAAGGAGAGAAACCGUAUUGCUGCCAUGAAUGUGGAAAACAAUUCUCUUCCCGCAGUAAUCUUCAGGCACACGUUAAAACUCACAUGGGAGAGAAGCCGUAUAGCUGCUCUGCUUGUGGCAAAAAGUUUUCACGGAAAAGCCAUCUUCAAAGCCACCAAAGUAUUCACACAGGGGAGAAGCCAUAUUCCUGUGCUGAAUGUGGUAAACAGUAUUCAGAUAGAAGCCAUCUUUGGCGCCAUAAAAGAAUUCACACAGGACAGAAGCCAUAUUGCUGUUUUGAAUGUGGCAACAAGUUUUCACGGAAAAGCAAUCUUCAGAGCCACCAAAGAAUUCACACAGGGGAGAAGCCAUACUGCUGCCCUGAAUGUGGAAAACAAUUCUCUUGCCAUCGUUAUCUAAAGAGACAUAUUAAAACUCACACGGGAGAGAAGCCAUAUUGCUGUUCCGAAUGUGGCAAAAAGUUUUCACGGAGAGGCGAUCUUCAGAGCCACCAAAUUCUUCACACAGGGGAGAAACCGUAUUGCUGCCAUGAAUGUGGAAAACGAUUCUCUUGUCAUAGUAAUCUUCAGGCACACAUUAAAACUCACAUAGGAGAGAAGCCGUACUGCUGCUCUGAAUGUGACAAAAAGUUUUUACGGAGAAGCCAUCUUCAGAGUCACCAAAGAAUUCACUCAGAGGCGAAGCCAUAGUCCUGUGUUGAAUGUUGUAAACAAUUCUCUCUCGAUAGUUAUUUUCAAGGACACUUCAAAACUGGCAAAAAAAUUUCACAGAGAAGCUGUCUUGAGAGCCACCAAAGAAUUCACACAAGAGAGAAAAAAAAAAAUGACAAACUCCCCCAUGCAGCUUUCCCACAGAUUAACAUAGUUACAACAUGCUAAGCAGAAGAAGAAGGAAUUCAAACAAAACAACAAAUUGGGAGAACCACAAGUAAAGUGGUAAGUAUGCUGCCCCUCUCCAACAGCCUUAUGUGGACACAGAAUUUACCCAUGUAUUGGCUUAUGAGGAGCGAACUAUGACCUAAAGCUGCAUGCCUGAUCAUAGCUGCACAAAACAGUGGCUUAGAUCAUAAAUAGAAAAAGUAUUGCAAAAAAUAACCAAUAAUUGUUGUUCCUGUCAAAGAGAACUAGAAACAGUCAAAUGUCUCGUUGCCAGGUGUGAAGUACUGAUUGCCGAUGGAUUAUAUGCUGCAUGACACCACAAAGUGGCCAGGCUCAUUCGCUGGAAACUCUCUGCAACAAGUAUAACUUACCAACACCAGAAAGACACUGGGACCACACAAUGGAAAAUGAGGAGGUUCUGGUCAUUUGUUGCACAGCAAUACUGACUGACUGAAAAAUAGAGGCCAGAAAUCCAGACGUAAUAAUCAAAGAAAGCCAGUAUCAGUUCCUAGUAAGUACUCAGUCCUAAGAAUGGAGAGGCAAAAAAUUAGCAAAUACCAAGAAAUGUCAUCUGAGAUAUGCCAAAGAAAAUGUGGGACCAAAAAAAAAAGUUCCUAUCGUUCUGGGAUCAACAGGACUAAUUAAAAAAACUUUCAAUCGCAUCUUGACAAAUUACAGUAACUCCUUAUAACCUGCAGAAAGAAGCCUUAUUAGGAACAAUGCAGGUUCUACACUGAGCCGUCGUGGCUUGAGGUUUGUAAGUAGGGGACUAUCUGUCGUAGUAUUUUAAAGUCAAUUCUAAAUGACAUGAGUAACCAAAGUAACGACGCUAAAACUGGUGAAAUGUGCACAGAUUUUCUUUUUCUAGUUAAGAUUCUUGCUGCUGCAU